AUGGCCACUGCAUCAUCUUUAAGUAUUGAGCAACUUCAAAAACUAUGGAACACCAAAUAUCUAAGUGUAGUUGCAGGUGUAAAUAAUUUACCAAAGUUUGUAUUAAAAACAUCAACAUCAUCUUGUGAAAUUUAUUUACAUGGUGCACAUGUAACAUCAUUUAAAAUCAAUUCAAAUGAAAAUUUAUUUAUGAGUGAAAAGUCAGCAUUUCAAGAAAAUAAAGCAAUCAGAGGUGGUAUACCAUUGAUUUGGCCCCAAUUUGGACCAGGUAAAAUUCAAACACAUGGUUUUGCUAGAAAUUUGGAUUGGGAUGUAAAUAAAGCAUUGGUCGAUGAAAAGGCACAAUCUGUUCAGAUUGAAUUCUUUUUAAAGAGCAGCGAAGCAACUGAUAAGAUAUUGGGCGUUAGUAGCGAGUUUAUAGUGUUCUAUAGAGUUACUUUACACCCAGAUUUCUUAGAUUUAGAAUAUGAAGUUAAAAACACAAGUCAACAAAACACAAUGGAGUUCCAAUUGGCUUUUCAUACCUAUUAUUCCAUCUCUGACAUCAAGAAUGUACAUGUUCUCGGUUUAAAGGGCAGAGAGUACAUUGAUAAAAUGAAAAAUAUGGAGAAAAAGAAAGAGAAUCGUAAGGAGGUCACUAUAGAUCAAGAAGUCGAUAGCGUUUAUUUAAAUGUUAUACCAACUCAAGGUGGUUCAAGUUACCAACCAUUACAAUUGGUUGAUACACAAAAGAAAACAUCAGUCACUCUUACUUAUGAUUAUCAAUCCAUUCCAGAUGUUGUAGUUUGGAAUCCAUGGAUCGAAAAAUCAAAGAAAAUGGAGGAUUUCGGCGAUGAAGAAUAUCAUAAAAUGAUUUGUAUAGAAAUUGGUGUAAUUAAUAACCCUGUAAAGUUAUCACCUAAUCAAACUUUCCAAACCAAACACUCAAUUCUACCAACAAAUUCUUCUUCUUCAUCUUUAUAA